UCGAAGCUGCAGAGGCGGAGGGUAUUCGAGGAAUAUAGAAUUACUGCCAUGCACAUGUUUCAGUCAGAGAUAUGAAAUAAUAGAAAAGCCAUCAAAACGAAACCAGUUCUCCCAUCAAGAAACGCAAGCAGAUCUUUAUGCCUUGGCAGCUUGAAUACGUGAAGGCGGACGCGGCAGCUUCUCAUCACCCGCAAUGGAUACGACGGGGCCCAGCAGGACUUCUUGACUUCAAACACCACCAUGUCCACUACUACCAUCACCCUCAGUGCUUCUAUCAUUUCUCUCGAUUAUCGUUACUGUUGUCACAAUCAAUGCGAUGAUGCGGCCAUAUCGACAAUACCGCGCCGGUGUUCUGGAAUGAGCCAAAUGGUGCGCCAAAGUGUCAUUGACGCACCGCUUGACCACCAUCACACAUGGGGUCUUGCGACAGGGUCAUCUCGGCGCGCAUGGACGACAGGCAGCAAACGCAUCUCGUAUCCCACUCAUCCAUGUGAGGUGGCGGACUACAUAGAGUCCAAGCUCUUAGUAGCCUUUCAACAGUUACAUACUACCUGCAACGGCUCUGAGACCACUUCAUUCGUCGAAGUCGGAAAGGCUCCCAAGAAUCGAUACACAAGGCUUUCGAGCCCCGGAGAUGUUGUCCAUCAUGGCCUGGUCCAAGGCGCUUCUAGACAUGACGACAAGCCGGUGGACGUAGCGCAGUAGGGUCCAUAUCGAAAUUCCGGACACAUACCAUGAUGGAAGCAGAAUACGGAUCGAGCUCCCGUCCCAGAGCCGACAACAGCAAAAGCCGUACACGACCGAAAUCGACAACAGUAGAAAUAGAAAAGAGCUUACCUAGAUACAGAAUGUCUACCGAUUAUGCGGACCCGCGAAAUUCUCGAGAACCGACCGUCUAUAGAUCACGGGGAGUGAAAUCAAAAUCUAAUCAAGGAUCUUCCAAUUUUCAAGAUCG